UCCUUUCUCGAGAAAAAGAUGGAUGAGUCAGUUUCUAAGAGAUGGAAUCUGUCUCACGCCACAAAAUUGAAACGUAUGCUUGUCCAAGCACGCAAACAACACAAAUUUUGCCCAUUUUUAAAGUAAACCAACGCCUUUUGCCCAAUUCUACUUCAGCGACCCCGUUUAUUCCAAUUUUACAAUCUAACCCCACCUACCAAACCCCUUCACCAACUCUCUUUCUUUCACGCUUUAAACUUUUGAUCUUUUUUUUUUUUUUUUUUUUCCUUUUUUUCUUUUUUUUUUUUUCUCCGUUAUGGAGAAAAUUUUGAUAAAAACCCAUUAACCAAAAUAGCUUAGCUCUUCAGAAAUUAUCCAUAUAAUUGCAUUGCAUGAAGCUCUCAGAGAUGGCGGUUUGGCCAUCAAACAACCCAAAGUCAAUGAUUUCUAAAGGUGUUGAUGGGAAUGAUAUGAUGCUGAUGGGUAUGACUGUUUCACAGAAGACUGUUGUUGGAGUGGAUCUAAUGCAGAACUGCGAUCUUCCUCCACCGAUGAAAGUCUUUGCUGGGUCAGAUAAUAAGACUGUCAUAUCGUCCAUGAAUAGGAUUUGCAGAAUGAUGGGUCCAGAAGAUGAAAAUGAUGAUGAGGACCUGAGCUUGUCUAGAUAUGGUGGUGGUAAGAAUGAUAAGUUGGAGCUUUUGAAGGCCUUGAGAUUGUCACAAACUCGAGCAAGAGAGGCAGAGAAGAAAGCUGCCAUUUUGGCCAAGGAAAGGGAUUGCCUUGAAAAUGCUUUGCUUCAGGAGGCUAAAGAAUUGUUUGCUUAUCGUCAGCUGGUGAGAUUGCUUGAGCUUCAAGUUUCGUACUUGAAUUCAAAAUGGGUACAGGGAGAAAAACAGGGGGGUCUCUGUGGGUGUGAGUGUGACUCAUCAACAUCCAUGAAAGAGGGAGAUGAAGAAGACGACAGGGAAAGUAUCACUCAGAUCAUGUCUCUGGCACUUUGCUUAGGCAUUGCUGGUGUGGGUUUUGUAUAUGGCUGUAGAUAUUUGUUUUAAUGUCAUUUUAUUGUAAUGUCUUUUGCCAAAAGGUAAGGGUUCAACCAAACAAUAUUUAUAUAAAGGGCAAAAUUUGAAGAGAAAUGGCUGGCUUUAUGUACUUAUAUUUGUCUUACAGAAAUAGAAAAUGUUCAAUUA